AGUGCCACAUGAUUUUAUAGCAGACCUUGGACAAAGCCAGCCUACGCAGGGAGUUAACGCUUCUCUUCAAACUUUGAGAAUUUGCAUUACCACUAACAUCGAGCAUGGCCAACAAAAUCACCCCUCUUCUUUUCCGGGCACUGGUUGAGAUGUCUGAAGUACACUCUUCAAAAGUUGUACGAGGAAAUCCCAACAGAGCAAAUAUCAGGAAAGAGCAAAAAUGCCGACACCUGGGCAGCUGUGGGGUCCUGUCAGCAAGGCGUGCCACCCUGCCCCUGUCCUCCCCCCUCCUCCGGACCACACCCUCCCGCAGCUUUAUUAACCUGGCUGCCUCCAUCACUGCCCGCAGGAUGGAGUACUCUGAGAGCCGCACACUAGGGUACACUGCAGAGCAGAUGUACAGUGUGGUGGCCAGUGUGGACCAGUACCAGCACUUUGUCCCUUGGUGUAAGAAGUCCCGGGUCGUGAAGGGAAGGAACGGGGAUGUUCGGGCCCAGCUGGAGAUUGGGUUCCCUCCCAUUGUGGAGCGUUACACCUCGGAGGUCACGGUUGUCCCAAACCACCAAGUUAGGGCCGUGUGUACAGACGGAUCCCUCUUCAGCCACCUGGAGACGAUAUGGAGGCUUGCCCCUGCAGCCGAGGACCAACCAGACUCCUGCAACAUCGACUUCCACGUAUCCUUCGAGUUCAGGUCUUUGCUGCACUCCCAGCUGGCCUCCCUGUUCUUUGACGAGGUGGUGAAGCAGAUGGUGAACGCCUUUGAGUCGCGGGCAGCCAAGCUAUACAGGGGCCACCACGCCCCCUUCCAGGAGGCACCAGCAAGGAGGCGAGCAGCAUGAGAAGACUCACUCACCCCACUCACUGACACGGACUGAAAUAAGACCCACUCCGCACCUGAAACCCCUCACCACUCCAUUUCACCAUGUCUUAUGCAGGAGACUGGGUCUUCUAUUUUAGAUUUUGUUCUUACGUACACAAACACCUAUUUAUUUUUAUUACAGAAACUUUAAUUUAUUUACUUGAAUGUACAUUACUAUUUUUAUUUGGGAUGGAAGUGGAUGUUGUCAAAUGUUCAUGUUUGAAAGGGACCUUCUUUUUAAGUUACAGAAGAUCAAGUGACUCCUUUGUGGUGUUCAAAAACAUCUGAGAGGUCAGCUUUUUCUUCCUGGCACUAAUACAAUAAAAAUGUUUUGUCUGAAUGGAAAAUUAAACAAAGCUCAUUUUGAUA